AUUACUAAGUGUUUUACGUUGCUAUAGAAACUGUUAAAAAUGUUUACAUCUAAUAUUCGUGUGAUAAACACCUGAAACAAAAUUCAGAGAUUACCACAAAACAAUAACCAAAAAAAAACUACAUAAUAGACAGUUUUACAUAAAAAAUUUAAAAAUUUUACAUAAAUUAUCGCAGAAUGUUGAUAGUUGAGGAAUUAGAGUUAAGCAAAUUUUGUUUGCUUCUAAAAGCAGAUGACAAAUUUCAAAGAAAAAAAGGACUAGACGAACUUCUGAAAGUUGUCUUUAAAAGAGAAACAUGUUUAAAAGACUCUGAAUUGCUCGAGAUUUGGGAGAAUGUACACAAAUUAUUGGUUCAUAUUUUAAAUGACGAAUCGGAAGCAUGUCGAGAUGCUGCUCUCGAUAUUAUAAAACUCUUUCUAACUUCAUUAGCUCCAGCUGAUAAGCAUGUUAUUUAUACGAUUCCAAUUUUGACAAAUCGACUGGGUUCCCAAGAAUUAAUUGAAUCGUCAGAAGAAGUUAGACUUAAAAGUGUUACCCUUCUAGCAACUAUCAUCCCCAUUUAUAAAGAUUUUCUGCCUGCUUACUUUGAAGAUUUAGUAGCAAUUUUGCGAAAAACUGUUGAAGACCAAUAUCCAAAUAUCAAGAAGGAAAGUUGUUCUUGUAUAUCAAUUUUAGCUAAAAGUGCACCAAGAUAUUUUUAUCAUCAUUCGGAGAGUUUUGUAAAACCGAUUCUUAGCAAUUUUUCACAUCAACAUUACAAAGUGAGAGUAAUUUCCGUCAAAACCAUAGGAGACGUCUUAUUGUAUGGUAACAGCAAAUCUAUGGAAGAAGUAGCAACACCUUUGGCUGAAAAACUUUUCGAUCAAAGUUCUGCUGUUAGAUCAGCUGUGGUGGAAGUAGCAGGUUGCUGGAUGAUAGAACUACGAGAUAGAUAUUCUUGGUGGCAUAAAAUUCUUCCUUUAAUUAUGACUGGAUUACAUGAUGAAAUUCCCGAAACAAGAGCAAGAGCUGCAGAACUUUGGGAAAGAGCUGGUAUACAAUACAUGCAUGAAAAUGAAUCCGAUGAUAAAUUUAAAAAUAAAAUGGAUUUCUUAACGGAACAUCCUGAGCAUUAUCCUCCAAACAUUAAAAGGCCAAACUUAGGAUGUAGAGUUAUUUCGCAACAAAAUUUGUGUAAACUAGUUGGAGCCAUAGGAAGAGAGCUUGAUGACUGGUUAGCGGAUAUAAGAGUUCGUUCUGCGCAAUUACUUUGUGAACUCAUUUUACAUGUAGAACAGAGUGUUACCCAGCACAUUGAGAAACUUCUUCCAUCAAUGUUUCGAGCGUGCAACGAUGAAGACUAUAGAGUUGUAGAAAAUGUUAAAAAAGCUGCCGAGUAUAUAGGAUUCUUUAUUCCACCUGAAGUUUAUUGCGAACUUAUCAUUCAAUUUUUUGAAGACAAUUUAUCUGUAGGUCAUCUAAGAGUCUUUGGAUCAAUUUUGUUAGGCACCAACCGAAAAGAGCUAGUUCCGCAUUUGGAAAAACUGGGAAACUUUCUACAACAGAAAUACGUUUGUCAAAGCAGAAAAACGAAUUAUCAAAAAGAAUUAUUAUUUUGCUGUGAGUCUCUGCUUCUGGUUUGUAAGGAGGAUUGUAGUACGAUUUCAAAGAAUUUAUUCCGAACUAUAUUUACUAUACUGUCUACAACAACAAAUAACUUAAUAGAAAACGAAGCGAAACAAUUAUUAGAAGAACUGGCAAAAGUGGAUAAUUUAGAAAAUUUAGAUCAGUUAUUUUUAAACAAUAUUGACACAAUUUUGAUUGAUUUAAGAACUGGAUGUGAAUUUUGGAACAUUUAUACUCCAGAGUUUAGCAUUUUUCGAGGAUGUUUUUUAUACGCUUCAAAAGCCAUCGGACGCUUUUUAAACCUAGUCUGUCCGAUCUUUGAAGAAACUAUGAACGAAAGUGUAAAUGCUGAAGUGAGAUUGAAACAAUAUAUUCUACUUUCUGAAUAUCUUAAUAGUCAAAGAGAUGGAUGUGUAAUCUAUGAGAAUCAGGAAGAAUUUACUAAUUUUAUCGACUUACUUUUUAAAAAAGUAAUAGUACCAGGAUUAGUUUGGUCUGUCGGACGAACAGCAGAAUCAAUACGAACAGCAUCCGUAUGUUGUCUUUCUUCGUUAUUGUUUAAAAUUUUAAAUGAUAUCCAUUUUGAGGAAAGAACUACGAAAAGCAGUAAUGAGAAAAUUAAUAUUGGAUCUCUACAAUUAUUUAUAACUGAUGACUACUUUUCGGAAUUAUUUAAAAAAAUUAUACCAAUUUUGACUACGCUAAUAGAUGACAAUUCAAAGAAAACAAGGCUAUUCUCUCUUGAAGCAGUCUCACUUAUGAUGCGUUUAGGUUUGAAGCUAGAAUAUGUUACAGAAGAGCAUAUUCAUGGAGUGUAUUUUGUUGUCUUAAAAAGAUUGGAUGAUGGUUGUGAUGAUGUACGUUGCGCUGCUAUAAGAGCUCUUAAAGAUGUUUGGAAAUCUGUGCCAAAGAAUUAUGAUUUAAAUUCUUGCAGAGGUCAUGUUGAUACGUUGUACACCAGUACUAUAAUUCAUUUAGAUGAUCCUGAAAAAAAAUUUCAAGACUUAGUGCUAGAAGCUCUAAUGGAUCUUGGUCACGUUCAUCCUGCAUUACUUUUAAAGAAGAUUGAAAAUUGUCGAGCGAAUUUUCGAAAUCAGGAAGGUUUGGAUCAGUUAAUGACACUUAUGCAUGAAUAUUUAAAUAAAGCGUAAAAAGGUAUACAUAUAUAAUUAUAACUAAAAUGUUUUGAAUUUUGUUGAAAUAGUUAUUAAAAUAAAAAAACGUCUGGCUUGUACUAAAUAUUUUAAUACGAACAACUACAAAACUAAAUUUUUAAAAAUUAAUUACAUUAAUAAUUAUACCCGGGCCGAAUUUGAUUUGCCUAAUAUGUUACCCAGCUGAGUAGUUAUUGGGAUUGUUCUGCCUCAAUCUUGACUAUUAACAUAAUUACACCUUAUGUAAUCCUACCACAUCAGACUCCUUAAACCCCUAACUAAGGGCUGUACUCCUCACUAGCUUUUCCUGAGUUCGAUGGCGUUCUAUCUUGCCCAGCCUCUACUCUAGUCUUGUCUUUCCCUGUGCCAAGUGAUGCAGCGCCUUGUCCAAAAAGAUAUA